AUGACGACUGGGAUGCAUAUCGUGCGGGAUGCAUUCUGCACAAAAUGCAUGUUUCCUGUGGGCUGGAAAUACGAGGAGGCCCGGUGCAAGGCUCAAAAGUAUAAGGAGGGCAAGUACAUCCUGGAGCGCUCGAAGAUGCUGGUGCAGGACCACGAGACCGUGUGCGCCGCGGCGCCGGGCACAAGCCCGUCCACCAACGUCGCGGACAGUGGAGACGACAAUGCAGACCAGUGGGAAUGA